UCGUGGCCACAGCGUUCAAAGUUCAACGCUCUCCUUCCUCGGUGCUACUGGUACGGCCACCGUCUUUUGAGAGAGAGAGAGAUGGAUUUCACAGAGCUGAGAGAAGCAAUAGAGGAAGUGGAAGCAGUGGAUGCCCAUGCCCACAACGUCGUCGCUCUCGAUUCCACCUUUCCUUUCAUCCGUUGCUUCUCCGAAGCCGACGGCGACGCCUUGUCCUACUCUCCCCACUCCCUCUCCUUCAAGAGAAAUUUAAGGCAUGUUGCUGACUUAUAUGGAUGUGAAUUGUCCUUGCAUGGGGUUGAAGAAUUUCGUAGACUCUCUGGAUUACAGACCAUUAGCUCGACAUGCUUCAAAGCUGCAAAAAUCUCAUCCAUACUCAUAGAUGAUGGAAUUGAGUUUAACAAAAAGCAUGAUAUAGAGUGGCAUAAAAGUUUCGCUCAAGUUGUCGGUAGAAUACUGAGAAUCGAACGUCUGGCUGAGAAGAUUCUUGAUGAAGAGUUGCCAGAUGGAUCAACUUGGACAUUGGAUCUUUUCACCGAAACUUAUCUGGGAAAGUUGAAGUCAGUUGCUAACCAGAUAUAUGGCUUAAAAAGCAUAGUUGCAUACCGCAGUGGCUUAGAGAUAAAUACAAAUGUCACAAAAAUAGAUGCUGAAGAAGGUCUUUCUGAAAUUUUAACAGCUGGAAAGCCUACCCGCAUUACGAAUAAGAACUUUAUUGAUUAUGUCUUUACACAUGCUUUGGAGGUUGCUCUAUGCUUUGACUUGCCGAUGCAGAUACACACAGGUUUUGGAGACAAGGAUUUGGAUAUGCGGCUGUCAAAUCCCCUCCAUCUCCGGACCCUUCUUGUGGACAAGAGAUUUUCUAAGUGCCGUUUAGUACUUUUGCAUGCAUCCUACCCAUUUUCAAAGGAAGCAUCAUAUCUGGCCUCUGUUUAUCCCCAGGUGUUCCUUGACUUUGGGUUGGCAGUUCCCAAGCUCAGUGUCCAUGGAAUGAUAUCUUCCAUCAAAGAGCUUUUGGAGCUAGCUCCACUAAAGAAGGUGAUGUUCAGCUCUGAUGGCUAUGCGUUUCCUGAAACUUUUUACUUAGGUGCAAAGAAAGCACGUGAAGUUGUCUUUUCUGUUCUACGUGAUGCAUGCAUUGAUGGUGAUCUCUCACUUCCCGAAGCUGUUGAAGCUGCUAAGGACCUCUUUGCACAAAAUGCAAUUCAGUUUUACAAGAUCAAUUUAUCUUAUGGUUUAACAAAUAAAUUAACUCCUUACUCUGUGAAGAUGAAGACAAAUGCAUCAGAUAAUGAUGACUCACUUGUUCGCAUUAUAUGGGUUGAUGGUUCAGGGCAGCAAAGAUGUCGUGUUGUUCCAGGGAAGCGCUUCAACAAUAUUGUUAGAAAGAAUGGUGUCGGUUUGACAUUUGCAUCUAUGGGAAUGACUUCUUUUGCUGAUGGUCCGGCAGAUGAGACCAAUCUAACUGGAGUCGGUGAGAUCAGACUAAUUCCUGAUUUGUCAACCAAGUGCAGGAUACCAUGGAAAGAACACGAGGAAAUGGUUUUGGCUGAUAUGCAUCUUAAACCUGGUGAAGCAUGGGAAUAUUGCCCAAGAGAGGCCCUGCGAAGGGUUUCAAAAUUUCUGAAAGAUGAAUUUAACUUGGAAAUGAAUGCAGGGUUUGAGAAUGAGUUUUUUCUCUUGAAGAGUGUACUAAGGGAAGGGAAAGAAGAAUGGGUGCCAAUAGACUCAACAGCUUACUGCUCUACAUCAGCAUUUGAUGCUGUUUCCCCCUUAUUUCGUGAAAUUAUUGCUGCUCUUGAUACCCUGAAUAUUCCAGUGGAACAGGUCCAUGCAGAGUCUGGGGAUGGUCAAUUUGAGAUGGCUCUAGGGCACACCACUUGUAUUUAUGCUGCUGACCACUUGGUUUUCACCCGUGAGGUUAUUAGGGCUAUAGCAAGGAAACAUGGACUACUGGCAACUUUCAUGCCAAAGUAUGCUUUAGAUGACAUUGGUUCAGGAUCCCAUGUGCAUAUCAGUUUGUAUCAGAGUGGAGAGAAUGUUUUUAUGGCAUCAGGUGGAACAUCUCGAUUUGGAAUGUCCACUGUUGGGGAGGAGUUCAUGGCAGGUGUUUUACAUCAUCUUCCUGCAAUUUUGGCAUUUACAGCGCCUGUUCCAAAUAGUUAUGAUCGAAUAGUACCAAAUACAUGGAGUGGAGCAUAUCAGUGCUGGGGAAAAGAAAACAGAGAAGCUCCACUGAGAACUGCAUGCCCACCUGGAAUUUCAGAUGGUCUGGUCAGCAACUUUGAAAUUAAAUCAUUUGAUGGGUGUGCAAAUCCACACUUGGGAUUGGCUGCUAUAGUUGCUGCUGGCAUUGAUGGUCUUCAGAGGCAUCUUUCUCUUCCUGAGCCCAUUGAUACAAACCCUCAUAGCCUUGCUGAUAAACUUCAUAGAUUGCCAAAAUCACUUUCUGAAUCAUUAGAAGCUCUUCAGAAAGAUAGUGUCUUCAAAGAUCUAAUUGGUGAAAAGCUUUUGGUUGCCAUAAAAGGAAUUCGCAAGGCGGAGAUUGAUUAUUACUCACAGCAUAAGGAUGCAUACAAGCAACUUCUACACCGAUAUUAAGCUGAUUAUUUGCUGGUUCUGGUCAGGUUGGUCGAUAGUUGGAAACAUGUGGACGAUCCCUUCUCUGUGAACUCUGUAUUCCCUUUGCUGCUUAUUAUUAGAUAAGCAAAUCGUAUGGAACAAACAUUUGUUUUUCUGCUUUCGUUGGUUGGUCCCUCGUCUCAUUGUCGGAACAAACAAAUCGAUAGAUAAAUAUUUUGGUUCUCUUCUUAAA